AUGUCUGCUAUCUUUGCUGCUUCUGCCAAGAAUGCGGUGCGUUCAUUGGCCUCAUUCAACGCCGCCACCAUCAGAUUAACAUCGGCAUCAAGAACCUCCGGCUUGACCUUGGCCAGAUUAUACUCUUCUGGUAAGUUUCCUCCACACACCGUCGUCCACAUGCCUGCAUUGUCUCCAACAAUGACACAGGGUAACAUCCAAAGCUGGGCCAAGUCCGUCGGUGAUGAAUUGAGCCCUGGUGAGCCAAUUGCAGAAAUUGAAACCGAUAAAGCUUCCAUGGACUUUGAGUUUCAAGAAGAAGGUUACUUGGCUAAAAUUUUGAUGGAUGCUGGCUCCAAGGAUGUUCCUGUUGGUCAACCAAUUGCCGUCUACGUUGAAGAGUCUGGUGAUGUUUCUGCUUUCAAAGACUUUACUGCUGCUGAUGCAGGAGAAGGACCAAAACAAGCGGCUCCUGCAGCUGAAGAAGAGAAAGCCGAAUCAAAGAAGAGCGAAGAACCAAAAGAACAAAAAGACGCUUCUUCUUCACCAUCAUCAUCUCCAGCAAAAAAGACCUCUCCACCAGUAGACAGAAUCUUUGCUUCUCCAUACGCCAAGACCAUUGCAUUGGAGAAAGGUAUCUCAUUGAAAGGUGUCAAGGGUUCAGGACCACAUGGUAGAAUUGUUGCCAAGGACCUUGAAGGCCUCGAGCCAUCAAGCGCUUCUUCAGCAUCUUCAGCACCUGCUGCUGCUGCUGCUUCUACUCCAGCAGCUUCUGCUACAUACGAGGAUAUCCCACUCACCAACAUGAGAAAGACUAUUGCCACUAGACUCUUGCAAUCAACUCAACAAUCACCUACCUACAUCAUCCAAUCACAAAUCUCUGUUUCCAAAUUGUUGAAGUUGCGUGCUUCCCUUAAUGCUUCCGCCGAGGACAGAUACAAGCUUUCCGUUAAUGAUCUUUUGGUCAAGGCUAUUGCUGUUGCUUCACAAAGAGUACCACAAGUCAACGCUGCUUGGUUGGGUGAACAAGGUGUUAUCAGACAAUACUCAAACGUUGAUGUAUCCGUUGCCGUUGCCACACCAACCGGUUUGAUUACUCCAAUUGUUAAGGAUGCGCACAGCAAGAGACUUUCAGCCAUUUCAAACGAAAUUAAAGACUUGGGAAAGAGAGCCAAGGCUGGUAAAUUGAACCCUGAAGAAUAUCAAGGUGGUACAAUCUGUAUCUCCAACUUGGGUAUGAACCAUGCUGUCACUGCAUUCACCUCCAUCAUCAACCCACCACAAUCUGCCAUUGUUGCUAUUGGUACUACAGAGAAGAAGGCAGUCCCAAGCGAAGUUAACGAGCAAGGUUUUGUCUUUGAUGACGUCAUGACCAUCACCGGUACCUUUGACCACAGAGUCGCUGACGGUGCCGUCGGUGGUGAAUGGAUCAAGGAGUUGAAGAGAGUUAUCGAGAACCCAUUGGAAAUGUUGGUUUAA